AUGUUCGAAAAUGUACCUCACGAGGCGCUGUUAGUUUCCUUCAAGUCAAGUUCGACACCACCCGCCACGGGUGCACCCCACCGCCAGGCUCUGAAGUGGUACAACCGAGGCCUUUCCAAUCUCCAACAGCGAAUGGAGCGGAACGAAAUGGAUAGUACAUAUGCUUUACUCACUUGCAUAUUGUGUACCUGCAUAGAGUUUCAGCAAAACAAUAUCGGCAAUGCCAUGGAACUCAUUCAGAGUGGGUUCAAGGUUUUGAGUCAAACAUUGCGCAGUAAAAAAAGUACGCAGUCGGCACAAAUGGGUGUCUUCAGCGAGGUCAUCGUGUCAUUUUUUACUCGACACGCGGUCGCCGUAGCAAACUUUGUCAUGCUGCCACUUUCGGACUGGUCUGGCGAUGUGUCGCCCACCAAUGAUGCCGGACGAUCUGUUUCAUCCCCAUCGGAUCAAGUCUCUAGGAUCAGGUCGCACCUCUUCCAUCUCAUGUAUCAAGCAUAUCAGACCGUAAGGGUUGCCAUUCUGAUGUGGCAAGACGUCGAAAUCAUCAAAGGACUUUUGUCAGCGCAAAGGGUGACCAUUGAUGAAUUGAAAAGGUGGCGCGUUUCAUUUACCGGAUAUUGUUCUUCGCACCGGGACACCAUGAGUGGUCGGGAUAUGCAACUAUUGACAUCACACUUGUUGAUAUCCUGGAAUGUUUGUUACAUCUGGUUGGAAGCUUGCACCGAGAUCAGUGAGAUGGCAUACGACAAGCACAUGGAUCAUUUUGCCGAGAUACUCCUAGAAUGUGAGCGUGUCCUAGCCCUAGCUGUGCAACAGACGGUCGAGGGGCAACCACGCACCAAGAUUGUAGUGGAAUUGGUGCCACCGCUGUACUUCACGGUGAUGAAGUGCCGUGAUCCAGUCCUGAGGAGGAAGGCACUUGCUCUCCUCGAGAAAGUACCGCCAGAUGGACCAUGGGCCGAUGUCCUGACGGCACGAGUUGUUCGGAAUGCCAUUACACUGGAAGAGGGCCAGCCAUACAACCCUGUAGACCUUACGGAACCAAAACCCUUGUGCGAGCUACGCGCACGUCCCCUACCGCCUGAGGACCGCCGAUUGCACACAAUUGCGUUCACAGGCCAGGAGAGAACAGAUGUCGGCUACACGACCUGCUUGCAGCUGGGAAAGAUCGCUAUCGACGCAAGUGGGAAAAAAAGAGCCGUCCACGAAACCAUUCGAAUCCAGGACUCGACAAGAAUGGUCGCGCUCUGA